CCGUCAGUUAACUUGAUGACUGGACAGACGGUGGAUGCUUAGUUGGCGUGUUUCUGGCCCCACUGAAUGAUGUGGAUUAAAAGAGGGAAAUUUUUUUAAAAACCCUAAAAACCACAGUCAGCGAGACUAAAAAUCCAACCCAGAAACAUGCCCGAUAACCACUUAUCCUUCUCCGAUCAACGGCUCCACCCCCAAAUAAUCCUACCCCAAGCCCAGAUUUCGAUUCCAACCACAAUCCCCAACCAUUGCCUCCCUUUUACUCCGACAGCUUCCAUGCAGUCGGCGCCAUGGUGAUACCAAGCCUGAAUCUCAAACAAAAAAAAAACUUGAAUCUAACCAAAUUGCCAACAGAGAAGACCGCAGCAGCGAGGUCUAACAGCUAACGGUGUAAAGUUUGCUUGCUUUUUGGCUUAUGUGGCAGGUGAGAUGGAAUCGAUUUAGAAUUCCGUAAGUCAAUUUAAUGUCGUCUGACACGUCGUUAUAGUUUCAGACGAAAAUGGAUAGAUUUGUCACACAACCUUCCGAUUUUUGAAUAUUUCGUGUAUAUCGAUAGUUGUGGAUAUAUUUGUCACAAACCUGAUAUUUGUGGAUAUACAACUGUAUUUUGCCUAGAUUUUUUUUCCCUCUUUUAAUCCAUGUCAUUUAGUGGGGUCAGAAACACGCCAACUAAGCAUCCACCAUCUGUCAAGUCAUCAGGUUAACUGACGGAGUUAACGAAGUGGACGAAAAUGGAUAUUUCAUGUAUUUCGAUAAUUGUGGAUAUAUUUGUCACAAAUCUGAUAGUUGUGGAUAUACAGCUGUAUUUUGCCAAGGAAAAAUCAAGGAACAUUUAGCGGUGUAUUUCUCCGGCGGACGGUCUCAUGCGCCGAGAAUCUGAAACCACCGUGUGGAAUCAGAGCUCUUUCCGAACGCACUCCAGCAAGAUUCAGAUAAGUUCCGAAACUCGCUCACUGUUCUAUUGAUCUGUUGUUGUUGGGGAGAAGUAAUUUUGUGGAUCACAGCUUGUAAAUGCAUUACACUGGCGACGUUCUUGUUGGAGGUUGAAACUUCAAAGCGUUAACAGCAAAAGAAGAGGGAGCAAUGAGCGCCGAGAAUCUGAAACCACCGUGUGGAAUCAGAGCUCUUUCCGAACGCACUCCAGCAAGAUUCAGAUAAGUUCCGAAACUCGCUCACUGUUCUAUUGAUCUGUUGUUGUUGGGGAGAAGUAAUUUUGUGGAUCACAGCUUGUAAAUGCAUUACACUGGCGACGUUCUUGUUGGAGGUUGAAACUUCAAAGCGUUAACAGCAAAAGAAGAGGGAGCAAUGAGAGAGAUACUCUGUUGCCUUGUAUUUGCAAUACACUAGUUGUCUGCACACAACUAGGUCAUUGUUUAUAUGUAAAUAGAAUGGGAGGAACUGGACACCUCUGGGCUAUGGUCAGUGUCUUGUUUGUCUCCUUACCUAACAUUAUUGACGGGUCUAAUUCAAUGAUUAUAUAUAGAUAAAACAAUAGUUGAUCAUGAAAUUGGCGAAUGUCUUAUUCAUUCUGGGUCGAGAUUAGUUAAUCUGUCAUUUGUAUGAUUGCAUCAACUUGAGCAUUGUUUACUGUUUUUUUCCUCUUUGCCAACUGCUGCCUCUUCAUUUUCCACCACCAUGUUCACCUUUACAAUAAUACAUGUGUUUUUGAAUCGUAUAACCCUUGUUCUUCCUUUCCUUUGCAUCCUCUUCCUUUCUCUGCCUUUUCCAAAAAAAUGGCAUUUGCUGUUGCAGAUACAAUCCUGAAAAAGUUGGGCCCCCUAGCUGUUGAACAAGUAGGCCUCCUUUGGGGUCUCAAGAGCGAGGUUUUGAAACUGAAGAGCACGGUCACUUCUAUCCGGGCUGUGCUGUUGGAUGCAGAGGAGCAAUCCGGUCUUAAUCAUCAAGUUCAAGUGUGGCUUGAUGAACUAAAGCAAGUCCUUUAUGAUGCUGACGACUUGUUGGAUGACUUUAACACUGAGGCCCUGUUGAGACAGCAACAGAUGGAUAUCCAUGGCAAUCGUUGUACGAGGGAGGUAAGCCUCUUCUUUUCCGGUUCCAACCCAUUGUUUAGCGGUCUUUGGAUGGCUCAUUGGAUUAAGGCCAUCAGGAUCAAGUUGGAUGAGAUUGAUCAGAAUAGAACAAAGUUCAACCUUCAAACACGACUCGAGGAGCCUGUUGCUGCUAUGAGCAACCUUGGCAGACAGACAGAUUCCUUCGUCCCUAAUGUAUUUGUUGGGAGGAAAGAAGAUGGUGACAAGAUAAUAAGCUUGUUGUUAUCAUCUAGUAAUGAGCAGAAAGUUGAAGUUAUUCCAAUUCUUGGAAUAGGGGGUUUGGGGAAAACAGCAUUGACUCAGUGUGUUUAUAAUGAUAAGAGUGUAACUUCUCAUUUUCAACUGAAAAUUUGGUUAUGUGUUUCGAAUAAUUUCAAUGAAACAGUGCUGGUCAAAAAAAUGUUGGAGUCUUUAACCGGAGGCAAAGUGGAAGAUCUUCAGCUGCAAACUUUGAAGAGUAAUUUGAAGAAGCAAAUGGAUAAUAAGAAGUUUUUGCUGGUUUUGGAUGAUGUAUGGGAUAAUGGUGAUUACGAGAGCAAUUGGGAUAGGUUGAUGAAUUUUUUGUGGAAUGUUGGUGCAGUGGGGAGUAAAAUUAUCGUAACUACACGAAUUGGAAGUGUUGCAAGUCUGAUGGCAACGAAAGGGAUUAAACCACAUGAGUUAAAAGGCUUAUCCAGACAAGAGUCGUGGUCUUUGUUUGAACAGAUAACAUUUAAGAGAGAAGUAGUGGAAGGUGGCCAAAGGUUUAAGCAGAUAGGAGAAGAGAUUGUGGAAAGAUGUGUUGGAGUUCCUUUGGCUAUAAAGGCAAUGGCUGGUAUCCUGUCGUCGAAGAGAGAUAUAGUUGAUUGGGAGGCUUUAAGAGACAAGCAAGCACGGUUAGACAGGGUUGACAGUGAUAAAAGGAUAUUGGCAACUCUAAGGUUGAGCUACGACAACCUCCCUUCCCAUUUGAAACCAUGUUUUGCUUAUUGUAGCUUGUUUCCAAAGGAUUGUGAGAUUGAUGUGAGAAUGUUGGUACAACUUUGGAUGGGGCAAGGGUAUAUUGAUUGUAGCCAAUCAUCAUCGUCGAAUCUAUAUGACAUCGGAGUUGAAUAUUUCAAGAGUAUGUUAUCGAAGUCAUUUUUUCAAGAGUCGUCCUUAAAUCAAUUGGGGGAUCUGGAUGUCUGUAAAAUGCAUGAUUUAAUGCAUGAUCUAGCUCUGGAAGUUGCGGGGAAGGAGAACUUCACUUUGAGGGCCUCAAAUUCAGUGGUUAAUGAUGAUAUAAACUUUAAUAGGCUUCUACACUUAUCAAUCGAUUUUGAGGAAAUACUAAGAGAGUCAUGGAAAGUUCCAGGUUUGUUGCUCAAACCAACAAAACUGAGGACUUUUCUUACUACGAAUUUGCAUUGGCGGGGCAUGAAUGCACAUGGAGGAACCCAAUAUGAGACUAUCUUCUCAAAUAUGACUGGUCUGAGAGUUCUAAAUUUCUGUGGUGCUCGUAUAGAGAUUGUCCCUCCCUGCAUCCAUAAGUUGAAACGUCUCAGGUAUCUAGAUCUUUCUGAUAAUGAAAUGGAAAUGUUACCCGAUGAGAUCACAAGACUGGUAAACUUGCAAGUGCUGAUCUUAGAUGAUUGUGGACUGCUUCAAGAACUGCCAAGAGACAUAGUGAUGUUGUCCUAUCUUCAGUGUCUUAGUCUUAUUGGCUGUAACGCUCUAAGAGGCUUACCAUCUGGAAUCGGGAAACUGACUAGUCUGAAAGAAUUGUCCACAUUCAUAGUAACCAGUGCAGUGCGCUCAGAAUGGGGAGCUGCUGCUGCUGCCAAAAUUUGCGACUUGAAAGAUCUCAAUCUAAGCGGGAGGUUGGCAAUUACGAAUCUGGAAUCGGUCGAGACACUUGAAGCUGAGGCAGCAAGUUUAAUGAGGAAGCAAAAUCUAAGAGCCUUGGAAUUGAAGUGGAAGGAAAGUAGUCAAGAGGCUAAUGCUACCGGGAAUCUGAGGACACUAGAGGCGUUGGAGCCUCAUGAAAAUUUGAAGGAGCUGAUGUUAUCGGGUUACAGCGGAUGGAGUCUGCCCACCUGGUUUUCUAACUCUCUCAAGAAUGUGACGAGAAUCCGUCUAUAUAGUUGCGGAGGACUGCCAUAUCUGCCGUGGCUGGGUCCAUUAGUUUUCCUUGAAGAAUUGACGUUGUAUCAUCUAACCUGCUUAGAGUACAUACAGACCACUCCACCACCACCAUCAUCUACUUCUAACAAUGUGCAGUAUCUUCCCUGCCUCAAGUCUCUCCAAAUUGGGAAUUGCCACAACCUAAUCAGCUGGUGGUCGACCACAGUAAAAGAGGCGCCGCUGUUCCCUUGUCUCUCCUCUCUUUCGAUUUCUCGCUGCGAGAAACUGGUAUCCGUUCCUAGGCUCUCGUCGCACGUCGAAAGGGUUCUGUUAAAGGGUGUGAAGAGUGAGCUGUUGGCUGAGUUCGCUGCUGCACUUCCUCCACCCCAUUCCCCAACACAGUCCCAAUUUAAAUCACUUACAAUUGUUGGCGUGAAAGGUCAACAAGUUUUGGUUCCAGAGAUACUGCCACAGCUUGUUUCGCUUGAAUACCUGAGCAUACAGCAGUGCCCAAAUUUAACGACUCUGUCUCCACCACCAGCAAAUAUUCUUAGUCAAGAACAUCUCCCGUCCCCUCAAAGUGUUACUAACAACAACAUGGUGUCACUGUAUGCGCUUCCUGCCCUGCUUCGCUUUAGGAUCAAGGCUCUCAAAAGCUUGGAGUGUCUACCAGAAUGGCUUCAGCAUUCCUCUAAGUUGCAGCUUCUGGAGAUAACUGAGUGUGAGGGUCUCGAAUGCUUACCAGAGUGGCUCCCAAAGCUCGCAGCGUUGGAGACCUUGGAAGUAGACUCAUGUGGCCGUCUAUCACCGAGGUUGGAAAGCAAGAUGUCUGAAGACUGGCCCAAAGUUGCCCACCUUCAGAAUAUCAAAAUCAAUGAUUUAGUGGUUCAACGACAUGGUAACUACUCAGCAGAAGAAGUAGCAGAAGAAGAAGAUCAUUACCAAGUAGAAGAAGCGGAGGGAGACGAAGAAGAUGAAGAAGAAGAAGCAGCAGCAGCAGAAGAAGAAGAACUACCCACAGGCACCCAGUUUACAAGGAUUUUGUCAAAUUGCAUAGCAAGGCUGACUUGCAACAUUUUUCACAGAUGCUUUCUCUGCUAACUACCUUCUACAGUCAUUUCCCACGAUGGCUAACUGUAAGGUGAGUUUCUGAAGAUUAAAUCUCUCGUGCCUACACUGAGUAUCACUAGCUUCUUGCCAUUUAAACUAAAAAAAGUUAAGGAGUGAACUUAAGGUGGAUUUGCUUCUUAGCUGUAGUUGAAUUAAUUAUAAGAAGGCAGCAGGAGCUACUGGCUGUUGCUGCUGCAAUUCCUCUUCCCAUGGCUGCCAAAAGGGCUUUUCCUACUCCCAGCUUAGUUAAGCUAUAUUGCUUAGUCAGCUUUUCUGUGAAUCAGCUUCUCCAUGAAAUUGAAUUAAGACGGGUAAAAUGAUGCAGUUUUAGCUACAUGAGAACUUGAUAUUCUGAUUCUCUGGCUGUUUGUUAUUUUUAGAAUUUUAUUUGGAUGGUAUAAGUUUUGCUAAAAGGAUGUUUUUUAUUUUUUAGCAAUUAAUGAUGAUGCAAUAUCCCUUGACCGUGUUUGAUAUAAGUUUUAUUUUUCUUUCAUAGGUAUCUUCGAAGAGAAACAUUUUAGAUGCUAAAUAUACAAGAUCUUCGUAGUAAUUAAUUGCUCGUCUUCUUGCUUGAUUAGAUUCGCAGGAGAAGAGGCGAUCAGAUUUCGCUCGCCGUCGUCGACGGUGAAGAAGUCGAGAGAGAAGAAUUUCGAGAGAGAUAACAAAUGUAUGGUAGGUCGACGAUUUGAGGUUUAUUUUUUUUCCAGUUAAAUGACUUUGUACAGGGCGUCGUUUUAGUUAUUUGAGUAGUUCUGAUUUUUUGGGUUUUAACAUUGGAUCGGAUCAGACUCAAUUCAAUUCGGUCGCGAUGAAAAACGUCUCCAAUCUAAUUCAAUUUCCGAUUCCAGUUUUAGGGGGAAAUCAAUCCGGUUAACCGGACCGUUCCCAUCCCUAAAUAAAUAGCUAUGGAUUUUUCAAAUUUCAUCCCUAAUUCUCCCGCCCAGCUUCAGCUGUGGGAAAAUGAAGGGGUCAGAACGCUUUCCCCUCUCCUCAUAUUCCGAUCGCCGGCGAAACGCGAAGCGGCGGAAUUUUUCGUGUCAUGAUUUCCAAAUCAGCGGUGCACUUCUCCGGCCGACUAACUCUGUACGUACAAACACCACCUUUAAUAUUGAGACCACCGUUCGGAGGGAAUCAAAGCUCCUUUCCGAUCGGCGGCAAACCACAAUUCAGUUGUGUCUCCGUUAAAUACUGCAACUGCCUUUUAUGCUUGCUCGAAAUUCAGUAGCCAGAAAGUUACAGUUUCAGGUGUACUUUCCAACCCGCGUCGGGUGAAUCUCUCCCCGUCAAUGGUCUGAUCUUAAUUGCCUCCUGACCUAGCAUUGCAUGAUUCCCUGCGCUCCUUAACUGUCGGAUCUCGUCUCAAGAAUAGACUAUGAUCAAUUUG